UAUUGGAAAAGCUGUAUGCUUCCUGCUGGGCAGCCCUCGCUAACUCCGCCUAGGCUCCUCCCUGCGAAUCCGGAGCGCUGGCUGAUAGGAUGGAGCAACCAAGCGCAGCGUUUCCUCCGCCUCCAGGCUGCCUCGCCCCCAGCAGCUGCUGCAGCUUUAGAGAGAGAGAGAGAGAAGCUGGCAAAAGAAAAAAUCGGAAUCUCUCUGCAGCAAAUCUGGUUAUUUGUCUUCAGUAUGCCUCGUCAUCACCGUGCUGUAGAAGUUCCCAAAUACCACCAUUUGGUAGAAAAACGAAAAACCAAGAGCGCUGUCUGGAUGCAUUUUGGAUUGCCUGCCGAUGAGAGCGGCCGUGUUUUGACUGACAAUGGCGCCAUUUGCAAAAUAUGUUUGCAUUCGGUAUCAGCAAAAGGCGGAAACACCUCCAAUCUAAGCAGCCACCUCAAGUUUCACCACCCUCUGAAAUUCAGGGAGUUGUCCACACCCGUGGCAGUACCUUCCUCAUCAAGAGGCGUUUCCGUUUCUUCACGUACUGGUGCUAAUUCGGACGAUCCUCCAGCUGUAACGCCGUCAACAGCUAGGGCUGCUGAGCCGGCAAGAACUGCUAGGGAAAGUUCUAGAGGACAGCAGAAAACAGCAUUGGAUUCCCAGCUGCUCCCUUCUAAGACCUCAAGGACUUGCACUCAGGCAGUCGCGCAGUUUCUGGCUACGUGUAUGCAGCCUUACAACACUGUAGAGCACCCAAAAUUUAUCCAGAUGGUGAACACUCUAAACCCGAGGUAUCGGUUGCCUAGUAGGAAAUACUUCACAACCACGGGAGUUCCAAAACUGUACAGUGACACGGUGGAGAAAAUGAAGAGAGAAAUACAGCGGCAAAGUGAGAGUGAAGUGGCCAUCACUACGGACAGCUGGACGUCAGUGGCAGGCACUCCCUUUGUGGCCGUGACGGUACAUUUCAUUUCCGACGAGUGGAAGUUGACAAGUGCUUGCUUGGCCUGUAAGCAUUUUUUGGAGGACCACAACCCAGAUCACCUUUGUGAAAUGCUCACAGACACCUUCUCGGAGUGGGACAUCGAUGUGAAGAAGAUAUUUUGCAGCACAACGGACAACGGCUCAAAUAUUCUGAAAGCGGUCAGGCAGCUUGGUUUCGAGCACAUUUCCUGCUUUGCCCAGAAUAUAAAUAUCGGGGUUAACCGAGCUUUAAGCCUGACACCGUUGAAAAGGGCAAUUGGGAAACUGAAGGGUCUGCAAAAUAGCAUUUGCUGCAGCUGGAAGAUGAAGAGGGACCUCGCCAGAGCUCAAGAGCUACUUCAGAUGGACCAAGUCAGUUUGCCAAGUGCUUGUCCCACAAGAUGGUGGAGUACGCUUCAGCUGUGCCAAAGGUUUCUCGAAAACCAAGUUCCACUCUGCAAGGUACUCACGGAGCAUCCAUCUAAAGGACUUUUGAUGUUGGAAGGGGGUGACGUCUCAGCUGUGCAGGACUUUGUCCGUGCAACUACUCUACUAGAGGAUAUCACCACAACUCUAAGUGGAAGCAAUUAUGUCACAGCGUCAACCAUUCUGCCUCUUUAUAGGCAAAUUAAGAAAAGCCUCCAGGCUGAUGAGGGAGACAGUGUGCUGCUGAAGGACAUUAAACGUGCAAUUUUAGGGGCACUGUCAGAAAAGUACGAUAGCGCUCCCACGGCAACCACUUUAGGCCUGGCCUCGUUGUGCGACCCGAGGUUUCGCCUGCGUUUCUUAGAGGCGCCAGAGGCCGUCAGGCAGGAGGCCAUCAAGAAGAUGACAGACUUGCACGGGAGUCUGCAUUCUGCUUCUACGGAGCCAAAUACUUGCCCUGCUCCACCCAAAAAGAAAAAGGGGCUGGCGAAAAUUUUUGACUUGGAGGAAGAAGAGGAGGACCUGGCAGUGGCAGAUGGUGAGUCGAAAGCAGAAAAAGAGCUAAAGGAGUAUAUAGCCAUGCCAAGAGUGGACAUUGAUGGAUGCCCUCUGACGUGGUGGAAGGCACACGAGGCUUCCUUCCCAGUGUUGAAGGUGCUGGCAAAGAAGUUUUUGGCUAUCCCAGGGACAAGUGUGCCAUCUGAAAGUGUGUUCAGCACGGCUGGCAAUGUUUUUCAAAGACAAAGGUCAUCUCUAUUGCCAGAGAAUGCUGAAAUGCAAAUUUUCCUUGCAAAAAACAUAGAUUUCAUGUAAUUUUUUUUUUGUUCUGUGAAAUUUUAUCCAUCCUUUCUCGUUUGGCCUGGUUUAUAAAAGAAAUGCACAUUUUCCUUGCAAAAAUAUAUAUAUAUUGUUUAAUAUAUAUUUUUUGUUCUGUGAAAUGUUUUAUCUAUUCUUAUUAGUUUGGCCUGGUUUGUAAAAGAAACGAAAAUUUUCCUAUCUAGAUAGAUAGAUUAAUAUUUUUUUCUGUAAAAUUUUAAUCAUUCUUUCUGGUUUG